AUUGGGUUGACACCUGAGGCAACAAGUGGUUUGUUCCCCCCCCCCACUAUUUUCCCGAGUCCCGCAAAACAAGUCCCGGUGAUUGUUGUUUCUACGACUCGCACCUCUUUCUCUAUCGUGUCACACUCUCACCUGAUCACUCAUCCUCGGAGAUCUUGUAUUGCCAUUUCUUCUCAUUCCGCUAUCACAAUGGACAUCGACCCAGCUAGGCGCAACAAGAAGCCCCGUCUCCUCUUGGAGACGGAGCGCGAGAAACUUGACGAAUUUGUGGACUCCAUCCACUACUCCGCAAGAUACAACGACGACAAAUUCGAAUACCGCCAUGUGCAGCUCCCGAAGAACAUGCUCAAAAAAAUCCCCGCAGACUACUUCGACAGCGCCAAGGGAACUCUGAAACUGCUUUGGGAGGAGGAAUGGCGAGCUUUGGGUAUUACACAAAGCUUGGGAUGGGAGCAUUACGAGGUGCAUGAACCUGAACCUCAUAUCUUAUUGUUCAAGCGCCCACUUAACUACCAGCCCCCUCUGCAACAAUAA